UCCAAACACAUUCUUGGAACGGCCCCUUCGCAGCAACACCACGACGCACAGCAGCACUGCAAUCGCCGCCGACUAUUGCUUCGGUUGCUGCUCGACUGCACACAUUGGCAUCCGCCCCCGCCAGCCGUGGCUGAUCCGUCCCAGUGCUACAGCAGCCGUGCGCGCCCUUGAAACGUUCGCUCCACCUCCGCACCGUCUACGAACGUCCAGCCACGCCUUCUCCCUCGACAUUCGCACUCGCACCGCAUGCGCUCUUCUUGAUACCCCAUCGGGCCGUCCACGUUCAUUACGGCACACACAUUCCUACAGCAACGCCUGCAUUGACACCCUCGCCGUCGCCGACGUCCUCCGCAGCCGUUCCUCGCAUUGAUUGCGCCGCACCCCAGCUUCUUGGCGGUCUCGACGACGACGAAUACCACGGCUCCCGGACGCACGACUGGACAUGAGCUAGGAUGACGCGCCCACAGAUAAUACGAGCAGACACCAUUGACCUGCAGGACAAAACGUCUCCCACCGCACAGGACCACUCGAACCAGCCAGAGCACCCAGCCCCGCUCGGCAUAGGGCCAGCUGCACCCCACCAGCAAGCCUCCUUGCGGUCUGUCGAGGACGAGCGCUCCGCCGAGGAAGAGCGUCUGCAGAAUGCCUGGAACAACGCUGGCACCUCGUUGAGCGAAGACCCCGGGUCUGACGAUGAACGCACGAUAAUGACCACCUCGAAUGCCCAAAAACAACAGCACAGCGGCGCCGACCAUGACGACGACAUGCAGGACGCCGACGUGGAGGACGACAUGGACGACGACAUGCUCGACAAGAUGUCGAGUUCACCUUCGAUUGACGAUGAGGAUAUCGACUUCGAAUUCGUCUACGCCCUGCACACUUUCGUUGCAACUGUAGAAGGGCAAGCCAACGCUACAAAGGGUGACACCAUGGUCUUGCUCGACGAUAGCAACAGUUACUGGUGGCUUGUCCGUGUUGUCAAAGACAGCAGCAUUGGCUACCUGCCUGCAGAGCACAUUGAAACUCCCACUGAGCGUCUGGCGCGCCUGAACAAGCACAGGAACAUCGAUCUUUCAGCAACAAUGCUCGGCGACACGGCAGAGAAGACCAAGAAUCCGCUGAAGAAGGCUAUGCGUCGACGAAACGCGAAGACCGUACAAUUUGGAGCACCUACCUACGUCGAAGCAUCCGAUUACGACUACUCGUCCGAUGAGGAGGGUGGCGAGCUUUUCGGUGGAUCGGAACCAAAGCAGGCCCAGCAGCAGCAAGAGCAAGAGCAACAGACUGUGCAGAAGUCCGAACCUGAGCAGGACGAUUCUCUCGAGGUCAAGCCCUUGAAGCUUGGCAGUAUAAAGAAAGUCUCCUCUGAAGAGUCGCGGUCAUCUAGUGAAGAGGCUAGCAAGGACGAUGAGACAUCGAGGACGAGUGACGAGAUGUUCGACAGACCACUGGACCAGAAGGUGUCACGCAAUGGCACGCUCCGCAACACAGACUCUUUCUUCAAAGACGAGAACACGGAAACUCGAAAGAUCACUCUCACGCCUAACUUGCUACGAGAUGACUCCAGUCCCUCCACGACGGGCCCCCGUGAACGGGGACCGAGUCUCGAAAGCCUCGAGAAAAACGGCUUUGCCGACAAGGUCAAGGAUGACAAGAAGAAGAAGGAUAAGAAGUCGGGUAUGCUUAGCGGACUGUUCAAACGCAAGGACAAGAAGGACAAAGACUCAAAGAGCGACAUCGAUACAGUGGAAGCUGAUCUGAAGAAGGCCGUGGAGAAGCCAGAACAGACUUCACCCCAAAGAGCCAACGCCAAGCCGGCGGAGGUGUCACCUGAGCGCCAGUCAGAAGAGCAACUUGGCCAGACACCAUCGAGGCAAUCAAGCAAAGGCAAACUGCAGAAGCAGCAACGCGCUAGAAACGACUCACCUAUUAAGACAAAGAGCAUCCUCAAGACCGAUAGUCCUAUGGAAGCUUCAGUCAAUCCAGAAAAUGACAUUGGUGUAAACGAGGCCGGACCAGCUGGUCAGCAAUCCGCCUCCACAAUGCGCAUAGUUUCGCCAGACCAAGGGGAAACACUCGAGAGAAAUAUGUCUGCGGAAGACCGCGUGAAGACACCCGAGAACCGGGUGAAGUCACCAGAAAGCCAAGGCGUCAUGGCUUCUAUCAGCUCCAAGAACCCGUUCAGAUCGAACACCACAACAGACAGCGCGCCAAAGCCAGAGAAGGUCCGCAAGGCGAAGGAAAGAGUGGCGCUAGACGACUUCGACUCCAGCACAGACGACAGCGACGAUCCGUUCGCGGACCCCGACGCGCAAGACAAGACGAGAGAGCAGACAGCUACUGAGCCCGUAGGACGUCUGUCAGAGUCACCUGUUCACGUUUCUGCUGCCGAUGCACAGCCAGCAGCCAGAGAGGUAGCACCCAUGAGAGAUCAAGAGUCAGAUGCACAACAUCCACCAGGACUUACAGGCGACAACUCCAGCGCCGACACUAGCUCGCGCGUCUCGACGCCUGACCUGGAGGCAGCUAGCCCAGAUACCGUCGUACCUGAAAAGCCCAAUGUUGCAGCUCCUCGCUCUGGAGUCUCACCUUCGCCUACGUAUCCCUCACCCAACGCCAACCUCGUCCCACCACCAUCUCGCGCCGCACCUACACCACUGAACGUCAACACUUCGCCCACGGUCUCGUCUGCACCGGUUUCGUCCGAUUCUACGACGUUGCCCGCAUGGUCGGACGCUAGCUUGCGCAACUACCUGGAGGACGGCAGCGAGAUCCGCGAUCUUCUGCUCAUGAUCAAUGACACCACUGGCGUUGUACCCGUGAGCAAGGAUCACCCACUCAUGAGCGGCCUCUAUGUCGAGGAGACAAAAGCAGCGCAGAACCUCAGCAGCGAGCUUGACAGGCUGCUUGCUGGCCUGAUGGACAACAGGAUGAAGCGCCAUGGAAGCGGGGCGAGCAAGAAGAGCCAGCUCAGCCAGAUGAGCAGGGCAAGCACUACCGGUCGCAUGUAGCGAUAGUGAAGCCUUGUCAACGCUCGAAGAGGAGGAGUUUCUUUUGAUAAUACCCUAGGGAUGCGGCGUUCUGCAAGGUUUUGAUUUCGGGAGCAAACGUGUCAUGUGGUACGAAAUUUUGGGCUUUGUUUUGGCCGCCGGUUAUAAUCGUCGCAUUUGCGCAUUCUUCGUUGAGAGCCAGCUGGGCCUGGCUUGUCGUGGCGGCGGUUUGAUGUUUCCUUGUCGUUGCGCAAGGGCGUUUGACGGUCCUUUUCUCUGGGCUGCGUCUUCGUGCCGGCUACUGCUGUGGUAGCUGGCUUCUCUUUUCGGCUUCAGACUUUCUCUGAUACCCUGUCAUGACUUGGUUGGUGGGUGAUUUUCCGAUUUUGUGUUAGAUACCUGCGGUGUAGUUGGCGGCACGUAUAUUAAUUCUUCUCCGCCUCACAGCGGCUACGCGAU